UGAGACCCCUGAACAUCGGUGAUGUGGUACCGUGGACGUGGUUCACACACCAUGUUUGAUCAUCUGAGUAAGCCAGGUGACAAUAACUCUUCCCGCCAUUUUCGAGUUUCUGGUUUGGUUAGUGAUACUAGGUCAAAAAUCCAUUACAUCCAACCCUCCUUCACACGCUCCUCAACUCUUUCUCUUCCUUCCAAAAAUAGAAAUAUAUAUAGAGAGAAAAACAGAGAUAUAUACAUACAAAUAAACAGCAAUCACCUGAAACUCUGUUUCUUUCCACCCAAAACUACCACUGAUUUUCCCCUUUUCGUCGAUGAUAACUACUAAAAAUGGCGGUAUCAAUUCCAGCACUCGUGUUAGCCUCUCUUUCCUUUCUGGUUACUUGCGCAGUUUGCCAUGAGACAAGCGUGACCUAUGAUGGACGAUCAUUGAUCAUCAAUGGAUCUAGAGAUCUUCUCUUUUCUGGGUCCAUUCAUUAUCCCCGUAGCCCUCCUGAGAUGUGGCCAGACAUCCUUAAAAAGGCUAAACGAGGAGGUUUGAAUGUCAUAUCGACUUAUGUUUUUUGGAAUCUUCAUGAGCCUGUUCAAGGCCAGUUUAAUUUUGAGGGGAAUGGUGACUUGGUAAAAUUCGUCAAACUGAUUGGUGAGCAUGAUAUGUAUGUAACACUCAGGGUUGGGCCCUUCAUCGAGGCUGAAUGGAACCAUGGAGGAUUUCCAUAUUGGCUAAGAGAGGUCCCAAACAUCACAUUCCGUUCCGAUAACGAACCAUUCAAGUACCAUAUGAAAAGAUAUGUCACCAUGAUCAUAGAUUUGAUGAAAAAAGAGAAGUUAUUUGCUCCUCAAGGAGGUCCCAUCAUUAUGACACAGAUCGAAAACGAGUACAACAAUAUCCGUAUUGCAUUCAAGGAGUUGGGUACUCGAUACAUUCAGUGGGCAGCAAAUAUGGCCAUUAGUCAACAAACAGGAGUCCCAUGGAUCAUGUGCAAGCAAAAUGAUGCUCCUGGUCCGGUGAUUAAUACAUGCAAUGGGAGGCACUGUGGAGAUACUUUUGUAGGUCCAAAUACUCCUAGUAAACCUUCUCUAUGGACCGAGAACUGGACUGCUCAGUAUAGAGUAUUUGGAGACCCACCAUCUCAAAGAGCAGUAGAAGAUAUUGCAUAUUCAGUUACCCGCUUCUUCUCAAAGAAUGGAACUCUCACCAAUUAUUAUAUGUACUACGGUGGGACAAAUUUUGGUAGAACGACUUCAUCUUUUGCGACAACUCGCUACUAUGAUGAAGCUCCUCUCGAUGAAUAUGGUUUGCUGAGGGAACCCAAAUAUGGUCACCUUAGGGACUUGCACAGGGCUUUAAGAUUGUCCAAGAAGGCUUUGCUAUGGGGGACUCCUGGAGCACAAAGGGUGAGCAAGGAUCUAGAGAUUCGGACAUAUGAGAAGCCUGGAACAGACCUUUGUGCUGCUUUCCUGAACAACAACCAUUCCGAAGAAGCUGCUACCAUUAAUUUCAGGGGUACAAAUUAUUACCUUCCUGCCAAAUCCAUCAGCAUCCUCCCUGACUGCAAGACUGUUGUUUUCAAUACUCAAACGGUUGUUGCACAACACAAUGCUAGAAAUUUCUAUCCAUCUAAGAAUGCAAGCCAUCUUGAAUGGGAAAUGUACCAAGAAAAAAUUCCAACCAUUAAUGAACUACCAGUUAGGAAUAAGAUGCCAUUUGAGCUAUACAGCUUCGCCAAAGAUACCUCAGAUUAUGGAUGGUACAGCACCAGCAUAAAUUUUGAUAUCCAUGACUUACCAAUGCGUCCUGAUAUCCUCCCAGUCCUACAGAUUGCAAAUCUUGGUCAUGCAAUGGCUGCUUUUGUAAAUGGCGAAUAUAUAGGAUUUGGACACGGGAGCAACAUAGAGAAGAACUUUGUCUUUCGGAAACCCAUAAAUUUGAAGGCAGGAGUUAAUCACAUAUCAUUGUUGGGCAUGACAGUGGGAUUUCCGGAUAGUGGAGUCUACAUGGAACAUAGGUUUGCUGGGGUCAGAGAUGUGCAAAUCAAAGGUAUGAAUGCUGGAAACCUUGAUUUGACAUUCAACAAUUGGGGGCACCAGGUUGGUGUAGAAGGAGAGAAUCUCCAGAUAUACACGGAGGAAGGAUCACGUAAAGUACAAUGGACUCCGGCAAAGGGAGGAAUGCAGCCUGUUACAUGGUACAAGACAUACUUUGAUGCUCCAGAAGGCAAUAAUCCCGUUGCUCUCCAAAUGACCACCAUGGCUAAAGGGAUGGCUUGGGUCAAUGGUAAAAGCAUUGGUCGCUACUGGGUAUCUUACCACUCACCUCUUGGACAGCCUUCUCAGUCCGAGUACCACAUUCCAAGAGCCUUCUUGAAGCCAACAAAAAAUCUCCUGGUUGUCUUUGAGGAAACCGGAGGAAAUCCAGGAGGAAUCAAGGUCCUGCUUGUUAAUAGAGAUACAAUAUGCAGCCUAAUAACCGAGUAUCAUCCAGCCCAUGUAAACUCGUGGGAAAGGGCAGAAAAUCAGUUCCGCCCUGUGGUUGAUGAAAUUAAAUCAGGAGCUCACUUAUCUUGUCCUGACGACAAAGUAAUUAAGGCUGUGGAGUUCGCAAGUUUUGGUGAUCCUUAUGGUAUUUGUGGAACCUUUGCUCUGGGAAGAUGCAAUUCACCAAAUAGCCAGAAAGUUGUUGAACAGCAUUGCUUGGGAAAAGACAGAUGUUCAAUUCCAUUUGACAGAGGAGUUUUCCAUGACAAGAGCCACGAUCCUUGCCCGGAUAUUGCCAAGACACUGGCUGUCCAAGUUAGGUGUGGGCAUGACACUACAGACUAGACACAGCAGUUUUGCUUGUGGAAAGAGAAGCAUGGAAUUGCUCAUCACCCAUGUGACACACACUCUGUUUCUCUUAACAGCUAGUAGUAGUUUUUGAAGACUAGUUUAGAAUCCCUCUCCCUCUAUAUAUGUGAAUGCUUAUAGACUUUUAGUGGUCCUCUAGUGGAAAAGUCCCCACCCUGGAGUGAGUGAGUCUCCAAAUAGAGCCCUAGAGUUUUGGUAUGGGUGAGGGAGUCCCCAAUUGGGCCUUAUUUCAUUUGUACUUAGUGAUCAAUUUUCCCUGUAAUGCAAGUUUUGUUCUCUCUCUUUUUUGUUUCUUCUUUCAUAAUUGUAUAAAUUACCAGGUUAAUUGCUCUAACACU